UCCUCGCGCUCCUCAAAAACUCGUAGUUGGAGUCUUAAAAAAGCCAAUAUUGAAUAAUGGUAUAUACACGUAUAAAUUUGUGACAGACAAAUGGAGCUAUGGCCUGUAUACCGGCAAUCUUACCAUCC